AUGGCAUCCACGCCCACCGCUACACCGCGUUCUCGAGCGCUCACAAUAACUACGACUGGCGCGUCAAGUGCACCUACCCGCUCUCUGUUGCGGCAACAGGUACUCGAAGAAGACGAGUACACCGCCGCGCUCUCGCACAUCAUCGCGCGAGACUUCUUUCCCUCGCUUGUACAUCUGGACGCCACAAAUGCAUAUCUCGAAGCAGAAUCAAAUAAUGAUCCUGCUGCUAUUGCUGCCAGUGUGCGCAGACUGGAGCAACUGCAAACACCCGCUCGCGCAUGGGACGCGCCAACACCCUAUGCCGCCGGACCUUCAGAGACCCCACGCGCCGGGCCAUCCUCAUCGACGAGCGAACCGCCGCGCAAACGCGCGAAACUCGACACAUCCCUUUCUCUCGACGCCUUCCAAGCCAAAUAUACGUCUGAGGAUAACUCGAGCUUUUUGGAGAUUCUGGAGGCGGAGAAUGAUCGAAGGAAGGAGAGGUAUGGAUGGGCGUGGGACGCGCAGAAGAGGGUUGAGGCUAUGAGGGGCAAGAUGCUGGAAGGGAGGGAGAGGGCGUUGAUCGAGGCGCCUGCCGCGCCUGGUGUCAGGGAGAAGGUGUUGAUCGAGGCGCCCGUGCCUAAGGGACUGAUCACCCAGGGCGAGGAAGGACAUGAUGAUAAAGGGAAAGGAAAGGAGGUGGCGGUUGUGGCCAAGAAGAAGGAUGAUGAAGAGAAUGAAGAGGUGGAUGUGAUGGCGCCGAAGAAGGAUACACGCGAGGCAGGCGUCGACGGCUGGAACUUCCGCGCUCGCAAUGGGCUCAUGUUCCCGCCAGACGCGGAUGUGUCUCCAUAUGCUGUCACUGCGCCGUCCAAGCCGGAUCCUCGUGAGGUCAGAGCUGUGAAUACGCGUAUGCCAGACCUCGACGAGGAUGGAGAGCUUAUGCGGAGUUCUUCUGCGCCACCCAGUCCGACGAGGAGUCGGAUUGAUGCAGCAAUCGCCGGUACACCUUAUCGCCCUCGUUCACCAGGUGUCAACAACUUCUCAUAUGUACCCGCCAUGCCUUCACCUUCGCCCGCAGAACUUGGUCCGACACGCGUAAAGCAACUUAUGACGAUGGGCACGCUUCUCGGAACCCCACGUGUACUUUCUCAAAGCGACGACCCAGCGAUCGAACCAGAUACACCAUUCCGCAUUGCAGCGCCGACGGCACGCGAACAACUUUCGAACCGUCUAUCAUCAACCGCCUCACGCAGUCUCCGCACCAAAGCGAACAUGAUGAAUGGUGUGAAGCGGAAGAGUGACAUGGGUCCGCCUACUGGGGGCAUGACACCACGCAGGGCAGAUGCACCCGGUGGGCUGACACCUGCGGCCAAGCGGCUGUUGGAUCGGACGACGAUGGGAACGGCUGCAUCCAGGAGAGCGGAAGCUAUGGGACGCAUGGCUGGAUGGGAAGGCAAGAGUGCGAAAGAGAAGGAUCUGAGUCGUGUUCGCUGGACUCCGACACCUGGACGGUGA